CUAUUGGUCCAGCAGCAUAACGCCAUGGGGGGCGGAUUCUCAUUGGGCGACAGCAGCUUAAUCCGAAAGCUCACCGUUUUAUAACAUCUACAGCCUAAGCGUUUAUUCAUGGAUUUACGGAGGGAGAGACAAUGCACGCGAAUGUGAAAGGCAAUGCCAGAACUGUGGGAAAUGGAGGAGUGCUCUGUAUCCUCAGUAGCGUGACAACUCAAGAUCUCAGACCCUUGUAGACCACUGAGGAAUCAGAAUUAAGCUUUCCAAGAUCUGUAUGACUUCAGUUUAAACUCAAAGAAACCCCAAAGAGUUCUCCUCACCCAGAGGCUGUCAACACAUCAUCCAGCAAGAAAUUAAUAAUAAUCAGAAUUUCUAGUGGAAAAGUUUUGUUUUCUUAUCCUUCAUCAAUUCUGUCCCAGCGCCCCUGUUGGGGCCAUGCCCCACCUGUUGAACAAUGACACUUCCUUCAGCUCCAAGCAAGAGCUUCUGGUCCUACAUAACAGCCCAUUGGGACCCAGUCCAGACACUCCCAGUCCUGUGGAGUCCCAGGGCUCUGGUUCAGGCAGCCCGUCUGGAGAUGCCCACACUCCACUCCACAAUACAGGCAAAUUAGGAUUGGAGCUCACAGAUCCCCCAAAUGGGUUGAAGUUUGUCCCAACAGACUCUGAGAAUCUGUGUGGAUGGGGAGCACUGACCCCGCGGUGUAUCCAAACAUUCAACACCCCACGAUGGGUUCUGUUCUUCCUCUGUGUGGCCUCCUUCCUCCAGGGCAUGAUCAUCAACGGCUUCAUCAACACCGUCAUCACCUCAAUCGAAAGACGUUUUGACCUGCGCAGCUACCAGGCAGGACUGAUUGCAAGCUCCUAUGACAUUGCUGCUUGUUUGUGCCUGACAUUUGUGAGCUACUUUGGUGGUACUGGUCAUAAACCUCGAUGGCUGGGUUGGGGUGUGCUCGUCAUGGCUCUGGGCUCUCUGGUCUUUGCCCUGCCCCAUUUCACCACACCAGCCUAUCAGGUGAGAGUUCCAGAGCGCAUGGGACUGUGCUCAGAAAAUCACACAGAGACGUGCGUUGGCGAGGAAGGCGGGCUCUCGGCAUACCGCUAUGUGUUUAUGCUGGGACAGUUUCUUCAUGGUGUUGGGGCAACCCCACUAUACACCCUUGGGGUCACAUACCUUGAUGAGAACGUCAAGUCAAACUACGCACCAGUAUAUAUAGGGAUCUUCUACACAGCCGCCAUCGUAGGACCUGCGGCCGGAUACCUGCUGGGUGGAUUCUUUCUCAACAUUUACACUGAGAUUGGCCAAACGACAGAACUGACACCUGAAAACCCGUUGUGGGUUGGAGCUUGGUGGAUUGGUUUCCUGGCAGGAGGAGCGGCAGCUCUGCUUAUCGCUCUGCCUAUUCUGGGUUACCCACGGCAGCUGCCAGGCUCUCAGCGGUAUGUGGCUAUGCGCGUCUCAGAGGCUCACCAGCUAAAGGACGGCAGUCAGGUCACAGCAUCUGAUCCUCAAUUUGGAAAAACUGUAAAAGACAUGCCCAGGUCAAUGCUGCUUCUACUAAAGAACCCUACCUUCAUCUUUCUGUGUCUUGCUGGUGCUACGGAGGCCACGCUGAUAGCUGGGAUGUCCACAUUUGGCCCCAAAUUUCUUGAGUCUCAGUUUAGUCUGAGUGCUUCAGAGGCAGCAACCUGGUUUGGGUAUAUGGUAGUGCCAGCUGGUGGAGGUGGCACCUUUCUGGGUGGCUUCAUUAUAAAGAAGCUGAAUCUUCGCUGUCGUGGGAUCAUCCGUUUCUGCAUGCUGUGUGCACUGGUCAGUCUGAUGGCUAUCUUUAUCUUUUUGGUGCACUGUCCUAAUGUGCCUAUGGCUGGAGUAACCAUCUCAUACUACAGCAACGUAACACACAACCACAACAGCGCCCUCUACCUGCAGAAAGACAAACACAACAGCAGCUUCUCAGAUCUGAGCAACCUGACCGUAGCCUGUAACAUUGGAUGUCACUGUCUAGAGGAGUCAUUUAACCCUGUGUGUGGUGCAGAUGGAGUGAUGUAUUUCUCUCCCUGUCAUGCCGGCUGCAGUUCCCUCAACCACACAUUCGGUCCGAGAGGCAGACAGGUGUUCUCUGGCUGCAGCUGUGUGGCUGGGAAUAUAUCAUGGGGAGAGCAGGGUUUUGCUGAAGAAGGGAGAUGUGUGUCGUCCUGCAAUCACAUGCCAGCCUUCCUCACCUUCCUCUUCAUCCUCAUCCUUUUCACUUUCCUCUGCAGCAUCCCUGCACUUACUGCCACACUGAGGUGUGUUCCUGACAGUCAGAGAUCAUUUGGACUGGGAAUCCAGUGGAUCGUGGUCAGGACUCUGGGUGGGAUCCCAGGCCCCAUAGCGUUCGGCUCUGUGAUCGACAUCUCCUGCCUGCUGUGGGAGGAGCAGUGUGGGGAAUACGGCUCCUGUUACCUGUACCACAACUCAGCCAUGAGUCAGUACUCGCUCGUCGCCGGCAUCAUCUACAAGGUUUUAGGCACUUUUUUCUUCUUGCUGGCCACCCUGCUUUACAAGCCGCCCCCUGAGUCUCCUCAGAGCAGCUGUGAGAGCACAGAUGUAGGAGAGAGCAAAGACCUCCCCAUCAAAGACCACCCUGCAGAAAUCAUCUCCAACCCACACGCUAAAUUAUGACCCUAGUGCACAUCUACACUGACAACUCACCUCAGAGAAUGUGUGUAAGGAUGAGAAUGAGUGUAAGGUCAAACACCAUCACUGUGCCCUGUCUUUCUUACUGGACAUCCUUGCCAACAUGCACUUGCGAUUCAUAUAUAGUCUUAGAACUGAAACUAGAUCAACCUUGAGAGGGAAAGCCUCCGUCACAAUGAUAGACCAAAGGUCAGCGGUGAAACACACUGUAUAUUACAGUGUCCUUGUUACAGUGCAAUUGUAUAUUUGAGGGGAUAGUUCACCCUAAAUUAAACAUUCUGUCAUUUACCCACCCUCCACUUGUUCCAAAUGUGUUGCUUUCUUCUUUGCGGUAAACAUAAAAAGAUGAUAUUUUGAAGAAUGCUUAAAAUCAGCAGCUAUUGACUUCCA